AUAAAAGGGUUAUAUAUCCACUAUAUCCCGUAUAUUUAUAUAAAAGUAUAGGACCUCGGGGAAAACUUAUCCCGGCUCCGACUAAGCAUCCAAACGACAAUUAUUAUAAAAUUGAGUUAUAUUAACGCAGAUUCAAACCCUAACGAUAAUUACCACUCCUACACGAUGGUUGAGAAUGAGAAAUCCAGUGAUUCCAUUCAUGAGGACGAAGAACCAGGAGAGGACUUCAUUCCGAAUGGCCAAGACAAAGUGACGAUCGAGGCUGAAGAAGUUCCUGGAUUAUUGUACAAUAUCUCGGACAGAGUACCCGUCCAUAUCGCCAUGUUUGGUGCCUUGCAGCAUACCCUUAUCGCUCUGUCUUCUCAACUGGCCGUGUCGUCAUUAGUGGUAGACAUCGUCUGCGCGUCGGACUUCCCAGACAUCAGGAGGGACCUCCUCAGUUCUACAUUAUUAAUGAAUGGUGUUACGACUUUGUUGAUGGUCACAGUUGGAAUAAGGCUUCCGCUGUUCCAAGGCGCUGCAUCUGAAUACAUCGUUCCGUUGUUGGCCAUGAAGAUGGUAGAUACUGAUUUUUGUAAACUCCCGACAGGUAAGUGCGAUCUAAUCGGGAAGUGA